AUGGCGCUGUGCACCUCUCCUAGUGAGAGCUCAGAACGGUUAGAGAAUGUGCACCUGACUGUGAUUGGACCUUCUUCACCACUGUCACCGCUGCCUCACCCCAAAGCUUGCAUCAUCAUUACCUCCUGCUGCCCGUAUCUAGCAGUGAAAAUCACCCCCGCCAUCCCCGUGGUUGGUGGCAUUCUGUUCUUCUUUGUGAUGGGGACCCUGCUUCGCACCAGCUUCAGUGACCCGGGAGUCCUUCCGCGAGCCACGCCCGAUGAAGCCGCCGACCUGGAAAGGCAAAUAGAUAUCGCAAACGGCACCAGUUCAGGGGGGUACCGCCCACCUCCCAGAACCAAAGAAGUCAUCAUCAAUGGCCAGACUGUGAAACUCAAAUAUUGUUUCACCUGCAAGAUUUUCCGGCCUCCUCGCGCCUCUCACUGUAGCCUUUGCGAUAACUGCGUAGAACGGUUUGAUCACCACUGUCCCUGGGUAGGCAACUGUGUGGGGAAAAGAAACUACAGAUUUUUUUAUAUGUUUAUUUUAUCUCUGUCUUUUCUGACAGUCUUUAUACUUGCAUUCGUUAUCACCCACGUCAUUCUUCGUUCGCAACAAACAGGAUUCCUAAAUGCACUUAAGGACAGUCCUGCGAGUGUGCUGGAGGCCGUGGUGUGCUUCUUCUCCGUCUGGUCUAUCGUCGGCCUGUCGGGUUUCCACACAUACCUGAUCAGCUCCAACCAGACGACAAAUGAAGAUAUUAAAGGAUCUUGGUCAAAUAAAAGAGGUAAAGAAAAUUACAAUCCCUACAGCUACGGAAAUAUCUUUACAAACUGCUGUGUUGCCCUGUGUGGGCCCAUCUCUCCAAGCUUGAUCGACAGAAGAGGGUACAUCCAGCCUGACACACCGCAGCCGGCCGCACCCUCCAAUGGCAUUGCCGCCUACGGGGCCACGCAGUCACAGAGCGACAUGUGCGACCAAGACCAGUGCAUUCAGAGCACCAAAUUCGUUUUGCAGGCCGCGGCCACGCCCCUGCUGCAGAGCGAGCCCAGCCUCACCAGCGACGAGCUGCACCUGCCCGGGAAGCCGGGCCUGGGCACACCCUGCGCCAGCCUGACGCUCGGGCAGCCCACGCCGCCCUCCUCCAUGCCCAACCUCACCGCCGAGGCCGCGCUCACAGACAUCCUGCCCCUGAAAGAGGAGCACGUGGGCCACCAGUUCCUGACACCAGAGGAAGCGCCCUCGCCGCCCCGGAUGCUGGCGGGCAGCCCCCUGGCCCACAGCCGCACCAUGCACGUCCUGGGUCUGGCCAGCCAGGACUCUCUGCAUGAGGACUCCGUGCGCGGCCUGGUGAAGCUCAGCUCCGUGUGACCACAGCCCUGGGGGCUGCAGACGGCAGGAGCUUUCCCGUGACCCAGCUCCACGGUGGCGAGGACAACUCCAGUCCUGGGGCACAGAGACCACUGGCAGAGUAAACGGACCCCCUCCCAUGGCAGAGGAGGGCAGGGCUUCAGGGCCCAACUACAGCUUGGCUUUAGUUGAAUUUUCUUCCCCAGCCUGACUGCCUUGGUAACAGCAAAAAUACAAGAAGUAACUAUUUGCAGGCAUUUGGAAUUUGAGGGGGGUGGGCCUGGGGAGAGAGGAGGCUCUGGGGCCGCAGAGUCUGGGGGGAAAGGGCGAUGUUCUGCUGCCUGCUUGCCGCUCUCCUGAUGGACGCACGGAAGGUCGAGGACACUUCCGGCCAGACUGAAAUUGCACUUACGUGUUAUGCUACUAAUAUCUGAAAUAGACCUGCCAUUCCAUUUGUUAAUGAAAAAAAAAAAAAAACCUUAAGGGGAAAAAAAAAAGACCAGCUCUGGAUUUGCAUGCCACGCUACAUCCGUUUGCAGCGGUGUUGGUAUUCAAACGGAAGUGCCGCUUGCUUGCUUGCUUUCUUCUAAUUUGGUGAGUCUUCAAGUGCUGUUUUAUGGGAAGACGUGCGACACACCAAGACUGAUGGGACGAACGGCUUCUUCGGCUUCUUCAGCUCCAUUAUCCAGGGGCCGGUGGCGCCCCGGGCUGCAGAGGGUCGCUGGGGUUUUAGCCUAUCCGGUAUCAGUUAACCUUCUGUUUAGUAGUUAGAUGAGGUAUUGUGUUGUACCACGCCUGCCACAGCCUCCACCUCCUUGUGUGACCAAACCUCCUGUGGACAGCCAAUAAAAUGACGUCCUCUGUUCUUUCGGA